UGGAGGCUGCGUUCGGUUCGCCCGUGGAGCUGCGGAGAGGAGAGCGUUCCCCCGGCCGUGGCCACCCCUGCUUCCCGGUGUACCCGGGGACCCUCCGCGCCUCGCGUGGCGCUCAGUCAGCCCCAGGGGCUGUGCUGCGGAGCGGGCCGACCCUCCCCGCAGCCUCCGGCGCUCGGGACCCCCGCCGGGCCGCUCGCCCGGAGCCCGCCGGCCGCACACGUCCCCGAAGCCGGGCCUAGGGCGCGCGGCGGCGGCGGCGGCUCGGCGCGGCCGGGCCGGGCUCGGUGGCGUCCUCAUGGCCGCGGCCGGCUGGCGGGACGGCUCCGGCCAGGAGAAGUACCGGCUCGUGGUGGUCGGCGGCGGCGGCGUGGGCAAGUCGGCGCUCACCAUCCAGUUCAUCCAGUCCUAUUUUGUAACAGAUUAUGAUCCAACCAUUGAAGAUUCCUACACAAAGCAGUGUGUAAUAGAUGACAGAGCGGCACGGCUAGAUAUUUUGGACACUGCUGGACAAGAAGAGUUUGGUGCCAUGAGGGAACAGUACAUGAGGACUGGUGAGGGCUUCCUGCUGGUCUUUUCAGUCACAGACAGGGGCAGUUUUGAAGAAAUCUAUAAGUUUCAAAGACAGAUUCUCAGAGUAAAAGAUCGUGAUGAGUUUCCAAUGAUUUUAAUUGGUAAUAAAGCAGACCUGGACCAUCAAAGACAGGUAACACAAGAAGAAGGACAGCAGUUAGCACGGCAGCUUAAGGUAACAUAUAUGGAGGCAUCAGCAAAGAUUAGGAUGAAUGUAGAUCAAGCUUUCCAUGAACUCGUGCGGGUUAUAAGGAAAUUUCAGGAGCAAGAAUGUCCUCCUUCACCAGAACCAACUCGGAAAGAAAAAGACAAGAAAGGCUGCCAUUGUGUAAUUUUCUAAGAAUCCCUUGAGUUGUAGCUACCAACUGCCAGGAAAAGCCCUCAUUUCCUCUCUUUAUCGUUUACAUCUUGUUGGUACCUUUCUAGCCUUAGACAAAUGAUCACCGUAUUAGCCUUAGACCAAGAAGCUGGCUAAUCCUUUCCAUGAAGCUAAUACAAUGGUUCUUUCCAGACCAAUUUCAAGGAAACACUAAGGCUGCUUCAAAAAUUAUUUGAUUCCUUUAAAAUACAUGUCUACAUACAUGUACACAUUCUUUUUAAGGGCUUACAUUUUAAUAGGGGUGAAUCAAUUUUGAAGCCUAAGUUUAUUAAACUGAAGUGUGAUAGGUUGUGAAAUAAUUUUUAACUUCUGGAAUCAUUACCUACUGUUACUCUAAAUAGAAACGUAAGAGGUUUCUUUUUUUUUUUAAUGUGAAUUUUUGCCUAUCUUAAAAUUUUUUGAUGUCAACCUUAAAUACACUGAAUGGAAUCUGCAAGAGUGAGACAUCUCAGACCUUUCCUGAUGCUACAGCUUUUGUUUUCCAGUGGCCAAAUUACCAGAAUGCCUAUUGUAUUUAUGGAUUAAAAACUGCUUAUCAAGUCUUUGUUAUUAUGCCUCCUCUUGAAGAUGAUAAUAUUCUAUGUGGCCAAAUAUAUGGACUCAUUCUGGACUUAGCCAUUUCAAUGUACUUGGUUUCUUAAUUUAACUUCACAGCCAUGCUAAGGGUAAGAAUGAAUAAUUUCUGUUCGUCUUCCUUUAUCAAUUUUUUUUCUGGUUAAGGGAUUCAAAAAAGAACUAAAAUUGUUUUUUGUUUGAUGUAAUAUAAAUAUGAAAUUGAUCUUUCCAGAGUCAGAGAUGAUUAAUGUUUUGCUAUAUACUUUUAUACGUUAUUUUCUUAUCAAUCUAGUUAACAAGUAUUUUUAUAUGUUUAUAAGCAAAUAUGCUUUCACAGCAUACCUUGUGUAUAUGUAAAGAUAAGUAUUUAAUUCUUACUGUCCACUUUUAAUUGACAAAGAAAAAAAUAGAAACUAUAGAAACUGUAGUAGAACUUUUACUUACUAGUCUGGUCAUGGUUGUAUUCACUUUUGUUCAGUUAUAUUCCUGCUCAAGAAACCUUUUCAAUAGAGUACAACAGGAUGAGUCUUGGAAACCACUUUGAAUAGCCUUUGAUAGAUAUUAACUGUUAUGCUAAGUAUUAAGUGUAAAACUUUUAAUUGACAACUAGUAUGAUUGUGGAGGGCUUCUGAUUUUGCUUUUAAUUUUGUAGAUUGUGUUUAAACAAUUCAAAAGUAUGUUCCUGACUUUGACAUACUUAGUGGUAUUGCACAGUUGUCACUUUAUCGAAUGUGUACAACAGUCCCAUGAAGUUUAUAAAGCGUACCCUUGUAUAGCUUCAGGUGCUAGAAUUAAAACAGAUCUGUUAUCACAAGA